AUGUCGUCCCAGGCCAUUGUAGCAUGUCGCGACAUCAUGCUGUCCAUCCACCGGUAUUUGGAACCGCGAGACUUCAUUUCCAUGCGACGGACGUGCAAAUCGUUCCACAAGCUAUCCAAGAUGAAGAUCCUGUGGAUCUAUGCAGUACAGGAUUUAUACCAUCGUCAUGGUCUUCAAAAUUACGUCGCCCAAUUCUCGCUCGAGAAGAUGUCCUUGGCAGAUCUUGAGCGGCUUGCUCUCUCUCCUUCCCGUUUCUUGGACUGGAUGAGACGUGGACACUCCAAGUUCAUCCCCAAAUUCGAGAACUUUGAAGUCUUACGCCCGCCGCGCUUUGUUGCUGUCGAAUUUGAAUUUGCGUUUAUGGUACCCGGAGGCCGCUUUCUGGUGACUACUUCCCGUUCGAGGGCAUAUGACGAUGGAGGAGAAACUGCGGCCUGCUUGUGGGACUUGGGGUAUGGAAAGAAGCAUCGUAUGAAACGACGCCCGGUUGCCCAUGUCAUAUUCCCCCCAGACUUCCGGACUACGAGUAUCGCUGCAACAUCCUCGAGUCGUGUCGUGCUUUGCGGCGUGUUUGAAGAGUCAGUCUGUUUCCUUCACAAUGAUCUUCCGUCACAUUCCUGA